AUGGGGCUCCCUGAUGGCCAGCGCCAGCUGGUGCUGCUGUGGACACUGGUGUGGGCACAGGGGGCAGGGUCUGUCUGUCCCUCCUGCGGAGGUCCCACACUGGAGCCCCAAGCAGAACGUGCUCUGGUCCUGGAGCUAGCCAAGCAGCAGAUCUUGGAGGGGCUGCACCUGACCAGUCGUCCCAGAAUAACUCACCCUCCACCCCAGGCAGCGCUGACCAGAGCCCUCCGGAGACUGCAGCCAGGAAGUGUGGCUCCAGUGAAUGGGGAGGAGGUCAUCAGCUUUGCUACCAUCACAGAGCCUUCCACUUCCGCCUGCAGCUCCGUGCUCACCUUCCACCUGUCCACAGCUCAGUCCCGGCACCUGUACCACGCCCGCCUCUGGCUGCGUGUGCUCCCCACCUUUCCCGGCACUCUUUCCUUGAGGACCUUCAGGUGGAACCCAGGAAGGAGGCGCCGAGAGUCGCGCACCCUCCUGGCGGAGCACCAGAUGACAACCCCAGGCUGGCACGCCCUGACUCUGCCCUCUAGUGGCUUGAGGGGUGAGGCGUCCGCUGUCCUGAAACUCCAGCUGGACUGCAGACUCCCAGGAGGCAACGCCACGGCUGCCCCACAGUGGCUCGUGGACACGGCGGGAGAUGAGCGGCCCUUCCUGGAGCUUAAGAUCUGGCCCAAGGGGCCUGGAGCAGGCCGCACCAGGAGGAGGACCCCUACCUGUGAGCCCGAGACCCCCUUAUGUUGCAGGCGAGACCAUUAUGUAGACUUCCGGGAACUGGGAUGGCGGGACUGGAUCCUGCAGCCGGAGGGGUACCAGCUCAAUUACUGCAGUGGACAGUGCCCCCCUCACCUGGCAGGCAGCCCGGGCAUUGCUGCCUCCUUCCAUUCUGCUGUCUUCAGCCUCCUCAAAGCCAACAACCCUUGGCCCUUGGGUACUUCCUGCUGUGUUCCUACUGCCCGAAGGCCCCUCUCUCUCCUCUACCUCGACCGUGACGGCAAUGUGGUCAAGACAGAUGUGCCAGAUAUGGUGGUGGAGGCCUGCGGCUGCAGCUAGCAAGAGGACCUGGGGAUUUGGAGUAAAGAGAUCAGUUGGGGGUUCCCAGGCAAAGGGCAUCUGUGGCUGGAGACAUUAGAUUCCUGAUCCACAGCCCCACCCAAUGGGUGGGGUGGCAGUAUGACUGGGUUGACCCCUAGGGGACCUGAAUGGGCACGUGCUCAUCCAGACUCUUGCCUAUUCCAGGUUGAUGUGUGGGGAGAUGGGGAAGGUGUGUCCUCUAAAGGAAUCUACCCAGAAAGCAUGAUUGCUUACUCUAACCCCUAUGAAAAGAUGGCAGAGGUGAGGGAGGGACAGAGGGAGGGAAGGAGAAGGCAGAGAAAAAUUACUUCGUCUUUCUCAA